AUGACGUGGAACAGCUCGCUGGCCGCUGUGACGUCACUGACGCUGGACGGGGUCGCGCAGCUGUCCGAGCACCGCUGGAUCUUCUUCUUCGUGUUCUUCGCGCUGUACGUGUUCGUGCUGGUCAGUGACGUGCUCGUGAUCUACGUCAUCGCGUCGCAGCGCAGCCUGCACCGGCCCAUGUUCGUGCUCGUGGCCGCGGUGCUGCUGAACUCGCUGUGCGGCGGCGCGGCGGUGUACCCGCGGCUGCUGGCGGACCUGGCGUCGGGUCUGCGACACGUCACGGUGCCGCGGCCGGUGUGCGUGACGCAGGCCUACGUGGUGUCGUCACUUGGCUCGUCCAGCUUCAUGCUGCUGGCCGCCAUGUCGCUGGACCGCUACGUGUCCAUCUGCCGCCCGCUGCGCGCCGCCGCGCUCAUGUCGCCUGCCGCGCUAGCGGCGCUGCUGCUGCUGUGCUUCCUGCUGCCGGCCGCGCUGGUGGGGGGGGCCGCGCUGCAGGCGGCAAGCCUGCCGCUCUGCCGCACGCGGCUGCGCAGACUCUACUGUGACGUGUACAGUCUCGUCACUCUGAGCUGCGGCGGCGGGGCCGCGCCGGGCGCGCUCCCGCUGCAGGUGUACGGCCUGCUGUGCUCCGCGGCCACCAUGCUCGCUCCCGUGCUCUUCGUGCUCGUGACCUACGGCCGGAUCCUCGUCAUCUGUGCGCGCGACUCGCGCACGAACAGCAGCAAAGCGCUGCGCACGUGCGUCCCGCACCUGCUCGUGCUCGUCAACUACUCCGUGACCGCCGGGGUGGAGCUGCUGCAGCGCCGCCUGCAGGCCGGGGGCGCGCCCGCAGCCUCCGUGCUCAGCUCCCUGCUCGUCUUCAUCGUCCCCACCGUGUGCAACCCGCUGGUCUACGGACUGAAGGUGGAGCAGAUCCUCACCGAGCUGAAGAGACUGCUGAGGGUCAGCUGAUCCUGAUCCACAUCUGGAUCAGCUGAUCCUGAUCCAGAUCCAUCAGGAUCAGCUGAUCCACCAACACCCACGCCAACAUCUGUGAAGAAAUCACAACAGUUUCAUUUAAAGAUUUUAAACUUGUUUAUUUUGUGUCUUUCUGCCUCAGCAAAGAUCAAAUGAAUCAUACACAUAUAAAUGUCACAUGUCAGUAUUAUUGUUUUUAAUU